UGAGCGCUCGCUGGGCUGUGCUGCUGUGAUGCAAUGGCGAGCGAUGGUUGAGUUGAAUGAGUUCUCGCCACAGUUGAAGUGAGGCAGCCGUCACUGCAGGACGCAGCCCGGGCAGUGUGGCACCACCACCACCACCGCCGCUGGUAAACACAGCCGUCGCCCCGGGUGCCAACACUCGUUUCCCGCUCGAUGGCAACACGUCGCCGCCAGCGUGUGCUAGCUAGCCGUGUCAUGGUUCGGGACUUAGAGACGCACCCUGUUUUCUCCCCACGCCCGUGAGCAAUACCUAUUUUUUUUUGUGGAAGUGGCAAAAGCUAGCUUUAUUGUGAAGCAAACCCGUGGAUACAUAUUUUUUAAAUUUUUUUGGGAUGGCGGAGAGAACCUCAGCUGGUGUGCUGGCCGUGACGCUGGAGCCCACACCGGCUGUCGCUAUGACCCUACCGGCGGAGGUCCGGGCCAGGCUGGCGGAGCUGGAGCUGGAGCUCUCUGAAGGGGACAUCACUCAGAAGGGCUAUGAGAAGAAAAGAAGCAAACUGUUGGCACCGUACAUCCCACAGAUACAAGGUGUAGACCCUUCUCUGCAAAUUGACAGUCGGAUCCAGGCUUCCCCCCAGGCUGUUCUAUCUGCAUCCAAACACAACAAAGCUCGGGCUGCCAACACCAGGGAUGAACGCUUCCGAUCUGAUCUGCACACAGAAGCCGUUCAAGCAGCUUUGGCCAAAUACAAAGAGAGGAAGAUGCCCAUGCCGUCCAAGAGACGAUCUGUGCUAGUUCAGUCCUCUGUAGAGGCAUGUACUCCACCAGACACGUCCUCGGCGUCGGAAGAUGAGGGCUCUCUGCGUCGAAAGGGACAUCUGGCCAACUCCACACCGUACCAGAGUCACAGCCACCCGGCCGUGGAGCACUGGUUUAACCGGGUCAUUCAGGGUUCGUCCACUUCGUCUUCCGCGUCCUCCACCUCGUCCCACCCGGGAGGGAGAUCUACCACCACCACCACCACCACCACUACCACCACCACUACCACCAACAGCACCGCCCACAGCAGCCUCAACGCCAAUACCAAAGCUUCCACACUGUCUGACCUUAUGGCACACACCCACCUAGAUAACCACAUAGCACCCCCAGAUGUCACAGGCCUCUCGGAAGGCUCCUCGCUUCACGCGGAGCAGUCCUACGUAGGGUCGGUGCGAGGAGUCUCCCGUGGCUAUAACCACCACACGAGCAUCAUGGAGACGGCAGAUGGCUGUGAGUGGAGAGUUGAGGGAUCCCUCAGUUUGAUGAAUGGUGUUCCAGUCAACAGCCGCGUCUCCUCCAAAAUCCAGCAGCUGCUCAACACUCUGAAAAGGCCCAAGCGGCCGCCCUUGCGAGAGUUCUUUGUCGACGACUUUGAAGAGCUUUUGGAUGUCCAGCAACCAGAUCCGAACCAGCCUAAGCCAGAAGGCCAGCAGAUGUGUCCCCUUGAUGGGGGACAUCUCGGAGUGGUCCAUAACUGGCCUGCCUCCUUGACAGCCGCUUUACAACGAUGGGGCACCACCCAGCCAAAGAGCCCCUGUCUGACUGCACUUGAUAAUGCUGGCAAGCCUAUCUACACUCUUACCUAUGGUAAACUAUGGACCCGCUGUCAGAAACUGGCCUAUACACUUCUCAACAAGCUUAGUAGUAGAAAUGAGCCCUUGCUUAUGCCUGGAGAUAGGGUAGCGCUUGUGUUCCCGAACAACGACCCAGUAAUGUUCAUGGUUGCUUUCUAUGGUUGUCUGCUGGCAGAACUGGUGCCUGUACCCAUUGAAGUGCCGCUGACCAAGAAGGAUGCUGGAAGUCAACAAAUCGGCUUUCUGCUUGGCAGCUGUGGGGUUACGUUGGCUCUUACCACCGAUGCUUGUCAGAAAGGCUUACCCAAAGCACAAACGGGGGAGGUUGCCACAUUUAAAGGUUGGCCCCGGUUGCUGUGGUUUGUGACAGAUGGGAAACAUGUUGUGAAGCCUCCGAAAGACUGGCAUCCUCUGAUACGGGAAGCCAGCAAAGACACAGCUUACAUUGAGUACAAAACCAGCAAGGAGGGAAGCACCAUGGGGAUCACAGUGAGCCAUUCAGCCAUGCGCGUACACUGUCACGCUCUCACACUUGCCUGCGGCUACACUGAAGCUGAGACCAUAACCAACGUGCUGGACUUCAAGAGGGAAGCAGGUUUAUGGCAUGGUGUCCUCACUAGCGUCAUGAAUAGGAUGCAUGUGAUCAGCAUUCCUUACUCCCUGAUGAAAGUCAACCCUCUCUCGUGGAUACAGAAGGUUCAUAUUUACAAAGCACGGGUUGCAGUGGUGAAGUCGAGGGACAUGCACUGGUCUCUUCUAGCACAGAGAGACCAGAGAGACAUCAGUUUAAGCUCACUGCGCAUGCUGAUUGUUGCUGAUGGAGCCAACCCAUGGUCAAUAUCGUCCUGUGAUGCCUUUCUAAACGUGUUCCAGGCACGUGGGCUGCGACCUGAGGUGAUCUGUCCAUGUGCCAGCUCUUCGGAAGCCUUGACUGUCGCCAUCCGCAGACCUCCAGAAAUGGGAGUGCCACCACCUGGGAAGGCGGUGCUGUCCAUGGGUGGUCUGAGCCACAGCGUAAUUCGUGUUGACACAGAAGAUAAGCUUUCUGUCCUCACCGUGCAAGACGUGGGCCAGGUCAUGCCUGGAGCCUUGGUGUGCGUGGUGCGGGUGGAAGGGACACCAUACCUUUGUCAAACGGAUGAGGUGGGAGAGAUCUGCGUCAGCUCCCGGUGCACGGGUACUGCCUACUAUGGCCUUCAGGGCAUGACCAAAAAUAUAUUUGAGACCAUCCCAGUCACGUCCACUGGAAUUCCGGUCAGUGAUCGAACUUUCACCAGGACUUCACUGCUGGGCUUUGUGGGGCCAGACAGUCUCGUGUUUAUUGUCGGGAAGAUGGAUGGCUUGAUGGUGGUCAGUGGGCGGCGACACAACGCUGACGACGUGGUUGCUACAGCGCUGGCGGUGGAGCCUAUGAAGUUUGUUUACAGGGGGAGGAUAGCUGUGUUUUCUGUGUCGGUGCUGCAUGACGAGAGGAUCGUUGUCGUGGCCGAGCAGAGACCAGACGCCUCAGAGGAAGACAGCUUCCAAUGGAUGAGCCGCGUCCUGCAGGCAAUAGACAGCAUCCACCAGGUGGGAGUGUACUGCUUGGCUCUGGUGCCUGCCAACACACUUCCCAAGGCUCCCCUGGGUGGCAUCCACAUUUCAGAGACUAAACAGCGCUUCCUAGAGGGCGCCUUGCAUCCCUGCAAUGUCCUCAUGUGCCCUCACGCGUGCGUCACCAACCUGCCCAAGCCGAGACAAAAGCAGCCAGAGGUGGGCCCCGCUUCUAUGAUAGUGGGCAACCUGGUGGCGGGAAAGAGGAUAGCACAAGCCUGUGGGAGAGAUGUGACCCAGUUGGAAGACAACGAUCAGUUCCUCUAUAUUCAGGAUGUGCUACAGUGGAGAGCGCAGGCCACGCCAGACCAUCCGCUGUUCCUUGUUCUCAAUGCCAAGGGCACGGUGGCGAGUUCAGCUUCCUGUCUGCAGCUACACAAGCGGGCCGAACGUGUUGCUGCGGCUCUGAUGGGGCGCCUCAACACUGGGGACCACGUAGCACUUGUCUACCCACCAGGAAUCGACCUGAUAGCCACUUUCUAUGGCUGCUUGUAUGCUGGCUGUGUCCCGGUGACAGUCAGACCCCCACACCCACAGAACUUGGCCACCACCCUCCCCACUGUUAAGAUGAUUGUUGAGGUCAGUAAGUCGGUGUGUAUACUGACCACUCAAGCAAUAAUGAAACUGCUGAAAUCCAAAGAGGCCGCUGCUGCAGUUGACGUCAAGAGCUGGCCCACGGUGUUGGACACAGAUGACCUCCCCAGGAAGAAAAGUCCCCAGAUCUACAAGCCCCCAACCCCGGAGAUGUUGGCUUAUCUUGACUUCAGUGUUUCCACCACAGGCAUCCUGGCAGGAGUCAAGAUGUCUCACGCCGCCACAAGUGCCUUGUGUCGCUCCAUCAAGUUGCAGUGUGAACUCUACCCUUCGCGACAGAUAGCCAUCUGUUUGGAUCCGUACUGCGGCCUGGGCUUCGCUCUCUGGUGCCUGUGCAGCGUGUACUCAGGCCACCAGUCCAUCCUGGUUCCCCCUCUGGAGCUGGAGACAAAUGUGUCACUGUGGCUGGCCGCAGUCAGCCAGUACAAAGUGCGCGUCACCUUCUGCUCCUAUUCUGUCAUGGAGAUGUGCACCAGAGGCCUGGGUUCACAGACUGAGGCGCUGCGGCUGCGCAACAUCAACCUGUCAUGUGUGCGCACGUGCAUGGUGGUGGCAGAGGAGAGGCCUCGCAUCGCUCUGACACAGUCCUUCUCCAAGAUCUUCAAGGACCUGAUGUUGUCGCCGCGGGCCGUCAGCACUACCUUUGGCUGCAGGGUUAAUGUGGCCAUUUGUUUGCAGGGCACUGCAGGACCGGACCCCACCACGGUUUACGUGGACAUGAGGGCUUUGCGGCAUGACAGAGUUCGCCUGGUGGAGAGGGGGUCCCCGCACAGUUUACCCCUGAUGGAGUCUGGCAAGAUCCUUCCUGGAGUCAAGGUGAUCAUUGCCAACACCGAGACCAAAGGACCCUUGGGAGACUCUCAUCUUGGAGAGAUCUGGGUGAGCAGUCCUCACAACGCCACAGGCUACUACACCGUGUACGGAGAGGAGGCGCUGCACGCCGACCACUUCAACACCAAGCUCAGCUUCGGGGACACCCACACCGUGUGGGCGAGGACGGGCUACCUGGGCUUCCUGCGGCGCACUGAGCUGACCGAUGCCAGUGGAGAACGCCACGACGCUCUCUAUGUGGUGGGCUCCGUUGACGAGACCCUGGAGCUGCGAGGGAUGAGGUAUCACCCCAUCGACAUCGAGACCUCCGUCAUCCGCUCUCACAAGAGCAUAGCUGAAUGCGCCGUGUUCACUUGGACCAACCUCCUGGUGGUGGUGGUGGAGCUGGAGGGGUCCGAGCAGGCGGCCCUGGACCUGGUGGCCCUGGUCACCAACGUAGUCCUGGAGGAGCACUACCUGAUCGUGGGCGUGGUGGUGGUGGUCGACCCCGGCGUCAUCCCCAUUAACUCUCGGGGGGAGAAGCAGCGCAUGCACCUGAGGGACGGCUUCUUGGCGGACCAGCUGGACCCCAUAUAUGUGGCGUACAACAUGUGAACCCCAUAUACGUGGCGUACAACAUGUGAACCCCAUAUACGUGGCGUACAACAUGUGAACCCCAUAUACGUGGCGUACAACAUGUGAACCCCAUAUACGUGGCGUACAACAUGUGAACCCCAUAUACGUGGCGUACAACAUGUGAACCCCAUAUACGUG